AUGGACUUGGUGCCGAAGCAGCAGCAGAGCAAGGAGAAGCAAGAGGAGGAGCAGGAAGAGGAGAUGAUGAUGGUCUUGGCGGAGCACGGGGACCGGCCGGCUUUCGGUCACGGCGGCAGCGGCGGGCGCAGGAGCGAGAUCAAGGAGGUGGACUUCUUCUCCGCCGCCUGCAGUGCUGCCGCUCGGCGCAGGACCGACGGCGAGGACGGUGGCUGCGAUAAUACCACGGUCAACACUGCACUAGACCUGCUGACCAGGGCGGCGGUGGCGACGCCAGCAGCAGUCGACGGCGGCGAGGGCACGGCGAGUGGUCGUGAUAAAGAGGUGGAUGUGGCGGCGGCGGCGGUGGAGGGGGAGCUCCGGCAGGCCGGCGAGGAGAACCGGCGGCUGCGGCGGAUGCUGGAGGAGCUCACCCGCAGCCACAGCGCGCUCUACCAUCAGCUCAUUCAAGCCCAGCAGCAGCAGCAACAGGCCAGCGCAGCGAACCCGAUGCUACCGGCGGCAACGACGACGGGAGUGCAGUUCAUGGACCCCGGCCGCGUGUCUCCGGCAAUAGCAGGGGCGGCGGCCCCGCCAGCGUUCAGCGCUGACAGAGCGGAUUCAGACGGUGGCAGCGGAGGAAGCGGCGGUCAAGCGGAUCAAAACGAUGGGAUGAGGACGCCUGAGCGCAGCGAGAACGCCGACCGGGCGGCGGAGGCGCCUUUGCGGAGGGCAAGGGUGUCCGUGCGCGCACGGUCCGAGGCCCCAAUGAUCAACGAUGGAUGCCCAUGGAGGAAGUAUGGGCAGAAGAUGGCCAAGGGUAACCCAUGCCCCAGAUCUUACUACCGCUGCACAAUGGCCACGGGAUGCCCAGUCAGGAAGCAGGUGCAACGGUGCGCGGAGGACAAGGCGGUGCUGAUCACCACGUACGAGGGCACGCACAACCACCAGCUGCCGGCGGCGGCGGCGGCGAUGGCCAAGACGACCUCCGCCGCGGCGGCCAUGCUCCUGUCGAGCCCGGCCGUCAGCCACGACGCGGGCACGCUCUUCGCCGGACACCACGUCGCGGCCCCGGCGCCGCUCUUCCAGUACCACCACCCCUACGCGUCCGCCAUGGGCGGCGCCACGCUCUCCGCCUCCGCGCCGUUCCCGACCAUCACCCUCGACCUCACGCACUCGCCGCCGCCGGCGUCGUCGGCGGCGGCCGCGGGUCUGCUCCAGCACUACCGUCAGCUGUCGUCCGUCCCUGCCAUGCCGCCGUUCCCGAUGUACGGCUUCCCUGCUGCCGCUGGGCACAGGCCGGUGGCGCCGCCCCAGCCAUCGGCGGCGACGCUGUUGGGUUUGAACGGCAGGAACCGGUCGGCGCUGGAGACCAUGACCGCCGCCAUCACCAGCGACCCCAACUUCACCACGGCCCUGGCGGCCGCCCUCUCGACGAUCAUGGCCGGAGGCGCUGAGCCACCAGCUCUCCGGAGCGGCGCCGCUGACGCCGCCGGAGAUGGUGGUAACGGUAGCGGGGGCACUGACCCCGCCACGGCUGCGGCAGCCGGAGCACGUGAGACUGCACUGCAUGCGCUUUUGCAAAGACUUAAUGAUAGCCGGCAAUGA